CCGUGUUCGCUCGUUGUCGGCGGUUCGUGCUGCCAUCUCCCGGCCGCAGGACCAGAACCAAGCCAUGGAGUCGCUCAAGAGGUGCGCGCUGCUGCUGGCCACGGUGGCCGUGGUGCGGUGCGGGCCGCAGUCCGGCCCGAACAACCAGUACCUGCCGCCCGACCAGCAGGGCUACACCUACGACCGCCCCAGCGUGCCGUUCCCGCCGCCGCCGCAGCCUCCCAGCCCGCCGCAGCAGCAGCCCAGCUACCCUUCGCCGCAGCCACCCAGCUACCCUUCUCCGCAGCCGCCGCCACCGCCUCCGCCGCCGCCGCCGCAGCAGCAGCCCAGCUACCCUUCACCGCAGCCGCCGCCACCGCAGCCGCCCACCGGCUACCCCUCCGGCCCUCCCCAGCCGCCCCCCAAGACCCCCGGCUACCCCUCCGAUGACGCGUCGCACCACCACGACCACGUGCACAUGCCGGGCAUGCCGUACGACUUCAACUACGCCGUGAAGGACGACUACCACGGCAACGACUUCUCGCGCAACGAGGUGAGCGACGGCGACGUGGUACAGGGCGAGUACCGCGUGCAGCUGCCCGACGGCCGCCUGCAGAUCGUCACCUACACCGCCGACUGGGCGACGGGCUUCCACGCCGACGUGCGGUACGAGGGCGAGGCCAUGUACCCGCCGCCGUCCGAGUACAAGAAGCCGUCCGUGUUCCCGCCGCAGCCGCAGCAGCCGCCGCAGCAGCAGGACCAGAGUGGCUACUCGUACCCGGCGCCGCCCGGUGGGGCGGUUCUGUGAGUCCCGACUCCUUCCUUCACACCACUCCUUCGACGGCACUCUCCUCCUCGGCUCACCACCUCCUGAUGUCAGCCUCCCUCCUGGCUUCAGGCCUUCUUUACAUCAGUUACCUCCUCGGUUCCCCAGAUAUUGGCAUCAGUCUCCUCCAGUUUUCCCCCAUCUCCUGACAUCAGUCCCUCUUGUCUUCAUCUCCACCUGACAUCCACCCCUUCCUGGCUUCAGGCCUUCUUUACAUCAGUCCCCUCCUCGGUUCUCCAGACAUUGACAUCAGUCUCCUCCAGGUUUCCCCCAUCUCCUGACAUCAGUCCCUCUUGUCUUCAUCUCCACCUGACAUCCACCCCUUCCUGGCUUCACGCCUUCUUUACAUCAGUUCCCUCCUCGGUUCUCCAGAUAUGGACAUCAGUCUCCUCCAGGUUUCCCCCAUCUCCUGACAUCAGUCCCUCUUGUCUUCAUCUCCACCUGACAUCCACCCCUUCCUGGCUUCACGCCUUCUUUACAUCAGUUCCCUCCUCGGUUCUCCCGAUAUUGACGUCACUCUCUUUCAGGGGUUUUAAUAGUAUCCUGACAUCAGACCUUUCUUGGGUUCGCCCUUCUUCGGUGUACCAGCUGCAGAAUCUUUGCACCUCAUGGGUCGCUACUGUCUCCUGACCUAACAUCAUACCGGCUGUAGCCCCUCUUGACUUUUCUAUGUCUUUAUUUCACAUUUCAUUCCUUCCCUUACUUUAAGUUCUGCUGGCUCCCAUUCUUUUUUUUUCAUCUCCGUAUCCUUACGUCACUAACUUCUGACUUUAAAAUCUCGUUAUUUUACGUCAUACGAGAAUCUUAUCCUCCUAGUUUCAGAACUUACUUCACCUCAGUCUCGCUUCACGAUAACCUGGCGUCACAGAUUCUCUUUUAAACUUCAUGCUGGUGCCACUCCAUUCUGACUCCAACGAAUAUUGAUUUAAACUUCUCAUAUAAUUUCCCCUUACAGGUUUCUUCUCCAACUUGAAUUUACUCCUCCUGGAUUCCAGCUUCCCUUUCUUCUACUAGCUCAUACUAUCUUCAUGAUCUGCUUUUAUCUACUCCUUUGUGUUCAAAUUCUUUUUGAGUUCGCCUCCUCCUGGCCUAACCACAUGAGUUGUUCUCAGUACUGUCAAGCCAUUCAGAGUUGCAGUAACAGCAGUUUGAAUACAGCACUGGCCAGGAUAUAGUUAGGACGGACAACCUCGCUUAUAUAAAUUAAGAGGUCACACAAGGAAUAUAAUUCCAUUGCGAUGAAAGUCCUGACAGUAUGUUUUCCUAAUUACCAUAGCCUUCCUCAUACAUUCUUGGAUCCUUGCCCUUUCACUAUUCAAGUCGACCCUGAUGCACACUACUACUGUUCACGUCCCGAUUCGUGUUUUAUAAUUGCUGUACCAUGACCAACUUCACACGACUUUAACAUUCGAACCGAGUUAAUUUUAACUUUUGCCAGUGUGACCUCACUCUUAAGAUUACGUCAGUGUUAAUAGCUUGUAAUCGGUGACACCUUGCAGCGAAAUCCUGAUCACGAAGCCAGCUGGGAAAAUAGUGAGACUUUACAAACGGUUAUAUCUUUAUGUACUUCCAGUUUUUUCUGUUGUUUUUUUUCUAAAACUUUGUUUUACUACAAAUUAUAUGUUCACCAUUCUAUUGAGUUUGUGAUGUGAGUGAAUUUAUUUGUACCCAUAUUUAUGCUGGGACAUGUAUAAAUGAGAUGUAAUUUUUUAUACAUAUUUAAUGUACAAAUUGUAUUAUGUAAAGAUACGUGAAAUGAACAAAAGUUAAGUUAUUAUAAACGUUUCAUGUGUGUUAUUUUAUGUAUGUAUAAUUCCUUAGAACUUUGUGUUAGCAUAUUACCAAUAAUUUACAUAAAAAGUUUGAUUAAAAAUUAAACUAGUCAAUGUUUGCUCUGAUUAAUAUUUCAAACUUUAUGAAAAAAUAAAUAAACUUAUAGGGAAUAUUUAAAAUUAUUUUUUAAAGCAGAAUAAUUUGCGUGUAUCAAGCAAUUGAAUAUCUCAGUAAAAUAUCAUACAAACUUCAACAAUUGAUGAAAUUAUUUUAUAACACAGUAAAUUAGUUUUAGUGAAAAAACCUUGUAAUUAAUAUUCAGUAAUUGAAAAGUACUGAUUUAAGAAUUUUGAAAAGUGUAUACUGAAUUAUACCAAAUAAAAAACUAUUAUGUAUAUUUUAAUAAAUGCAUUAAUACU